GGUUUAUUCAGUGAAGUAUGAAUAUAGUUAUAUAAGUACAUAAUAAUGUUGACAUCCCUCUGUUACAGUGUUUUAUACUGCAGUCUAAACUGCCUCUUUCUUUUUUCUCCCUUUGUUGGGGUCAUGUCAGAACCUGCCAAGUUUACUGGAAAACUAUGCCAAAUGUUCUACUAUAGGUUAGUACACUCGAUGGACUACACUCGAUGGAUGGACUACACUCGAUGGAUAGACUACACUGGAUGGAUAGACUACACUCGAUGGAUAGACUACACUUGAUGGAUAGACUACACUCGAUGGAUAGACUACACUCGAUGGAUGGACUACACUCAAUGGAUACACUACACUGGAUGGAUAGACUACACUCGAUGGAUACACUACACCCGAUGGAUAGACUACACUCGAUGGAUACACUACACUCGAUGGAUAUACUACACUCGAUGGAUAGACUACACUCGAUGGAUACACUACACUCGAUGGAUAGACUACACUCGAUGGAUACACUACACUCGAUGGAUAUACUACACUCGAUGGAUAGACUACACCCGAUGGAUAGACUACACUCGAUGGAUAGACUACACCCGAUGGAUAGACUACACUCGAUGGAUAGACUACACUCGAUGGAUAGACUACACUCGCUGGGUUAAAAGGACAAUCAACAUACAAUGAAAGAUAGUCUAUGACACAAUGCUGAAUAUUUACAUUCACUUAUCUGAAGAUACUUACAAUUACAUUUCACUGAAACUCGAGGCCAAGUCUUUAGGUGUUAUGCUUGGUAUCUGUAGACCACGUUGUGACAACAGCUGAUGUAAAACGGGAUUUAUAAAAUGAAAUACAUGUGAUUGAUUGAAUGAAUCUUCAAGUGGCAGCUACACUCAUCAUACCUCAUCAUACCUCUCCACUUCGAGCCGCGUGUAUGAGUUCCAUGGGCGUGUGCACGCAGAGUCCUAUCCCUCCUCUCCCUCUAUAUACAGUACCGUUAAAACUUUCCUCCAAUCAGUGUAGCUCUAAUAACCAAGUGGAGUUUGUCCCGUACCUUUUGUUCACUUUCACUCGGGUUUAGUUUGGCACAGUAUGAGGUGUUGGUCCUAGUGAUUCGGUAUUGUCUUUAUGCAAACAGUUCCUUUCACCGACAGCAUGCCUAUUGUUACAGUCAUGGUUUAUAUGGAGGCAGCGGUGGAUGUGAGGAUUACAUCAGUUUGAGGAGCGCUGAUCCAGGCUGUGUUUCUCUCUCUGAGCCCCUGACAGCGCCGUCUCAGCCAUGAGUUGUCUGGAUGUGAUGUUUUACCAGAGUUAUGGAGCUCACUAUCUCCCUGCGUCUUCAGCAGCAGCGGCAGCAGCCUACAAAGCGGCAUACUACCAUCAUCAACAGCACCAGCAGCAGAAGAAGCUGGGUGUGUACAGCAGGAUGCAGCAGGACAGCGAAGAGCAGCAGUGUCCAGGGGGGAGACAGCAACAGCAGCGUGGGGGAGGAGGGGGACUGGCUGGGGAGCAUUGGGUCCAACGGGGCCUGGAGGGUUCUGGGCUGAGGGGCUGUGGGGGUACUGGGAAGGACAGCCAGCCUGCUGAGGCAGAGUACCUGAGCUCCAGGUGUGUUCUGUUCACCUAUUUCCAUGGUGACAUUGGGGAUGUGGUGGAUGAACAUUUCUCUAGGGCUCUGAACCAAACCAGUGCCUUCACUGGAGAGAUGAAGACGUCUAGGACCACCCCCAUGCACACCUCUGCCUCGGUUGGACUGUGGAAAGACAGUGUAUCUCUCUCGGAGGCCCAGUGUGGUUCCCUGUCCUCCUCUCUGUGGGGUGGAGGUUACCCGUCCCAGACCAGCCCCUGUCUCUCCGUCCACCCAGACUUCUCCCCCAGCCCAGCAGCCUUCCAUGCCCCAGACAGUGCGCUGUGGACGGGCCAUGUUCUGCCCCAGCCCAGCCUCCCUCCUACAGCCUCUCUCCCAGACCCCUGGGCCUACAGCCGCAACCCUCAGACCUCCGCCAGCUACACACACGCCCACAAUGUCUACACACACACACACCCUCACACACACAUGCACCCCCACCACACCCACCCGGUCAUACAUCCCCACCCGUCCCAUGACCCAGGCCUAGACCCCAGGUUCAGCCCUCUGCUCCUGCCUGGUGUGAAGACUCAGAGGCCCCUAGCCCACAGCCCUGCUGGACAUAGCACACACAGUAACACACACAGCAGCCAGAGCCCAGGGAUACACAGUGGUGUGAAGAUAGAGGUGGAGCAGGCCAGCCCCAACCCCCCCACCCUGACCCCCUCAGCCUGGCCCGCAGCUCUACACACACCCUUGGAUACCUACGACUCAGGUCUGGAUCAGGACAAAGUCAAUACUGUUUGGUUCUGAGAGAGAGGAUAUGACAUCACUGUGACAUCACCCUGGCACUGAGCUGUGACCAGCUCUAACAGAACCCCCUGGAACCACAACACAUUUUCUGUGUACUCACUCUUAAGUAGAAGACUCUCCGCUCACUAGAAAAAGUCCAGGGUGGGUUUACAGAUGUAGGAUCUUAAUUUGAUCAUUAUUUUAUUGAUGAGAAUUUUACUGCAAAGCAGGAAAUGCAAACUUAUAGAGUAUUUCAGUUUUAAAAAGGCUUCUAAAGUUUGUAAUUUCCACUUUGAAGUUUUAGACUUAAUUUUCCCUAAUACAUGAAAUGUAUAAACCCCUACAAAAAUGUCAAUUUAUUAUAAUCCACAUAAUAAUUCACAUUUCCUGUUGCUGCAGGAUUAUUUUACUGCUGUAGCAAACUUUCUCAAAUUAAGAUCCUACAUCUGUAGGUCUCUUAGAAAGCACUCUGGAGAAGCCUAGACCACUCUCCAUGCCUCACACCACUCACCAGGGAUACUUCUGAUCACUUCUUGGCCAAAUAUUUUUCAAAUUUGUACCAAAAGUAUUAGCUGGCUGUUUCGGACUUAAUAUACCACAUGAUCGUUCUGUUUAAAGAACUUAGUUUGUGGGAACACUGCUCAGCCAAGCCUCUUUCUGAUAUUUUUUUUACUUCGUGCUAUGUGUGUAACUGUAAUAUAUUUUGUAUAUAGUACUUUGAUUUGAUGUGAUUGUCAUUUCCUUAAAGUGUUUGAUUGUUGCUAAUUGUUUUUCACCAACCCUGUGUUGUCAUGUCGCCUAGUGUUCUAUAUGUGCGGAGAAAUUAUGUAAUUACUGAUGUGUAAUAAAUUGCUAAGUUCUAUUGGCAAACAUUUCCUCAUCUUUAA